UAAUAACUUUUCGAACAAUUUUCAAUAUGACAAACAUGAGGAAUUGGCAGCACUGUCAAGUAGUCAGUGAGUUUUCCGAGCUCGUUUCUGUUAAAGCUCGUCCAUUUGUUCUCGAACGUUCGCGAAGUGUGAAGCGUCGUAUACUAGAACUCGUAUUGAAAAAUUAAAAUCAAGUUCGAACAAGAUAAUGGCGUUGAUAAAUAUAGAAAUUGAAAUGCUGAACGGUGAUGACCAGCUUGAUGCUGCAGAAAAUAUUGAGGUUCAUGUCGUUGGCAUGGCGGAAAAUAUAACUUUUAAGAUUGAUAAGAAAAAGCCUUUACGUAAGAUGAUGGAAGAUUUCUGUUACGUUAUGAGUGUUUCAAUGGAGUCCAUUAUCUUCUGUUACAAGGAUUAUCCGCUUUCUGGGGAUGAGACACCUAUCUCUUUAGGAUUGAAGAACAAUGACAGCUUUGAAGCAUUUCAAUUAAAAGUCGGUGAUUUUUAAUGAUAUUAAAAAAAUGUUUUUAUGGUCUCAAUAUAUGUUAAAUACAUGUCAUAUUACUCAUAAAGAAUA